AUGGAACAAAGAAUUCCUUUACAUCUAAUAUCAGAAAAUUCAAAUAAUCAUCGAAAUCGUUCUUCUAAUGGUGAAAAACGAAAUAAAUGUGUUCGUUAUAUUGUUGGCUGUGUUACGAUAACAUCAAUAUUUGGUUUAAUAAUUCUUCUAUUAAUGUUAAGUAUAACAAUAAUUAUGAUUGUUAUUAAUAUUUGUUAUCAUGAUAAAUAUUAUUGUUCAAUUGAACAUCGUCUAAGUCUUUGUUUUAAUUGUUGA